AUGUUCGACGAGAACCCGAGCCUCAUUCAAGAGGGGCCCGACCCAUCCGAAAACGAUGAUGUCGCCUCGCCAUGGCCCAAGAAACCCACCCCAUUGGUCCUCAUCCACGAUGGCGGCGGCACCAUUUUUUCAUACCACUGCCUCGGCGACCUGGGCCGCCCCGUCUACGGCAUUGCGAAUCCCCGCUACGAACACGAAUCCGGCGAGCCCUCCACCAUCCCAGAAAUGGCGCGCCAGUAUCUGCAGUUCAUCAAAUCCGCCGUGCCGAGCGGCGACGUCAUCAUCGGCGGGUGGUCACUUGGCGGCCUCAUCUCACUGGAGGUGGCACGGCAAAUGGCGGACGACUGGGACACGAGCUUAAAUCUCCUGGGUAUCGUCAUGAUCGACUCCGUGUGUCCAAUGGUAUUGAGGGCACCACGGUUGCAGCUCUUGCAGCAUGUCAUGCAGUGGAGCGAGCACACCAAGCAGGAGACGAGGGAGCGGGUGACACGGUGUUUUGCCGAGGCUGUCAGGAUGGUCGGGGAGUGGACGCUGCCUGUCUGGGAGAGGACGCAAGAGAAGGGGUCCCGGGCAUCUAUCGCUAGGAGGCCGCCACCUGUUAUCUUGCUGCGGGCAAUGUAUAAGGUUCCGGUCACUGGAGACGGUGUGACGAGGGUGGAUAUUCACCGCCUGGAUCGCCAGUUAGGAUGGGGCAAUUACAGGCAAGAUCUGAUCACUAAGGUGAUUGAUAUUCCGGGUCACCACUUCAACAUCUUCCACACCGAGGACAACUUGAACGCCACAACCGAGGCCAUCAGCAGGGCGUGUCUCGAGCUCGAGGGAGCAUCUGGAGAAGGCGUCGGGGAAGAUAAGCGGUUCUGCGACUUUGGCGAUCAUCAUUGA